AACUGACUCAUCACAUUUAAAUUGAUAAUUGCUGAUAGGCAGCAACGACAGCAAGAAUUGACAAUGGUCCAGCAGCAAAUAAAUUGCCACUCUCUCGCCGUCAGUAUCAGUUGGACGGUGUGUUCGCGAGCACAUGCCUGCAGUUCUGUCAUCAUCAUGGCGCCAAGUACCGUACUAUUCACGGUGAGUCUCGUGCUGGUGACGAUCGUGGGAACCCCCGAACGGUUGUUCGUAGAAAGUGCCACCGUCAUAAGCUCCGAGGAUCACCGAAGUCGCGUUGGGUCGUCGUCGUCGUCACAGCUAAACGAGGAGCCAAUCAUCGGCGUGCUUGCCCAGGAAAUGUCCUACAGCUUGGCAGAAAAGUACGAGGAGAACUACGAAAGUUACAUCGCCGCGAGCUACGUCAAGUUUGUCGAGGGAGCCGGCGCGCGAGUGGUUCCCAUUUGGAUCAACAAAACCCGCGACUACUACGAGGCCCUCCUUCCCAAGCUGAACGGCGCCCUGUUCCCUGGUGGCGCCACCUGGUUCAACCAAUCCAACGGGUACGCCGAAGCGGGUCGCCACAUUUACGACGUCGCGGUGGAACUGAACGCCCAAGGGGUGUACUUCCCGGUGUGGGGCACCUGCCUGGGCUUCGAACUGCUCACGUAUCUGGCCGCAGACGGAAACGAACACCGGGCGCACUGCAGUUCCAACAACCAGGGGCUGCACCUGGACUUUACGGCGGAUUUCCGGACCAGCCGACUGUUUGCGAAAGCCCCCGAAGAUGUGGUGCAAAUCUUGGCUAACGAACCGGUUACGGCGAAUUUCCAUCAGUUUUGCACGACGGAGCAGAACUUUACCGAGUACGGGCUGGACCGCGAGUGGCGCGUCAUGUCCACCAACAAGGACUGGAACGGGCUCGAGUUUAUCUCCACCAUUGAGCACAAGACAUUACCCUUUUACGGUGUCCAAUUUCACCCGGAGAAAAACCUCUACGAGUGGGUCCGCGGCAAGAACAUUUCGCACAGCCCUAACGCCAUCCGGGCCGCGCAGUACUUUGCCGAUUUUUUCGUCAACGAGGCUCGCCAAAAUGGGCAACACUUUGCCAGUGAGGUCGACAUCGAUAAGCACGUGAUUUACAACUUUCCGGCGACUUUCACGGGACUGAAACGAUCGGCGUUCGAGCAGUGCUACCUGUUCGAGGCCAAUGUCGACUAUUUGGACGAACUUCCGCCGGUGUACCCGCCGAGGGUGGCUGCUGCAAAGAAAGGUACCGUUAAGAAGUUGGCCACAGCUCAACACUCCAACAAACGGAGAAAGAAUAAGUGCAAUAAGUCGGACAACUCCAACAGAUGUUCUGGGAUAUAAGCAUAUGAAAAUAAAACAUAUAAGCAUUGGAAAGUGUU